AUGUUAAACGGUAGCGCGGAUCGUGGAACUCUAUCCCUGCAGUCUUCACCGGUGAAGCUGUCCACAUCACCAGUGCGUGCAUCACCAAGUCCGGUGAGGGCGCCAUCAUCGCCGCUAAAGUCGUCACUGUCGAGCGGCCGGCAGCGGUCGCCGAGGAAGUGUCAAUUCGCCGCGCCUGUUGAAGAUGCGCGUGACAAAUGCGGGACGUCUUGGCUGUGCAGGCGGGGCGCGGGGGUCGGGGACGAGUCUGAACCGGAACGAACGGCGGGACCGAGCACUCCGCUGCCACAGGGGUGUGAAGAGUCCGCCCCGCCUCCAAAGAACUGCUUCAGACUAGUGAUGUUGGGGUAA